UUAGACAUUUCUUUAUUGUUUACAAAUCUUCAAUAACUUCCGUGUUUAGUUCUUACCUCCAAACAUUUUAUACGUUUACUUUAUCAAUAGUGUAGAAUCAUUUUCAUUUCAUAAUCGAACAUUAUUGAACAUCUGAGCUAUGGGUCGCGCAGAAGUUGGUACGCCCAAGUACCUUGCCAACAAAAUGAAGGCGAAGGGUCUGCAGAAACUCCGCUGGUACUGCCAAAUGUGUGAGAAACAAUGUCGCGACGAGAAUGGUUUCAAGUGUCACACUAUGAGUGAAUCCCAUCAACGGCAACUGUUGCUGUUCGCCGAUUCACCGGGAAAAUUUUUGCACAGCUUCUCCAAAGAGUUUUCCGAUGGCUAUAUGGAACUGCUGCGACGACGCUUUGGCACUAAGCGCACGAAUGCAAACAAAGUUUAUCAAGAGUACAUUUCCGUAAAAGAUCACAUUCACAUGAAUGCUACGCGAUGGCUUACGCUUUCCGACUAUGUUAAAUGGCUUGGGCGCACCGGUCAAGUGGUGGCUGACGAAACGGAAAAGGGUUGGUAUGUCACCUAUAUUGAUCGCAGUCCAGAAGCGAUGGAGAGGCAAGCAAAUGCUGAAAAGAAAGAGAAAAUGGAGAAGGAUGAUGAGGAACGUAUGAUGGAGUUCAUUGAAAAACAAAUAGAAAAGACAAAAAGCAAAGACGGAGCGCAGCAGGUUGAAGCAGAAAAAUUCACAGAACUCAAGCGGGAUGAAGAGCAACCGCUAAAAUUAGAUAUUAAGUUGGAAAAAAAAUUUAAUCCAGAUACAAAGUUGGGACCAUCCGCGUUAUUACUAAAACGCCCUAAAAAGGAGACGCGCGAAGACGUUGACUCGGACGAUGACGGAGAGACAGCAGCGGAGGAGAAAGUGUUUAAGAAACCAAAAGCGCCUAAGUUGGAAAAGCGAAAGGAUGGUCACAGAGAGAGUAGUAAAUCUGCGUUAGAUGAACUAAUCAAAGAGGAAGAGGCGAAGAAGGAACGUAUGAAUCGUAAAGAUUAUUGGCUACACACAGGCAUCGUCGUCAAAUUCAUUAAUAAAUCAAUGGGUGAAAAGUUCUACAAACAAAAGGCUUUGGUGCAGGAGGUAAUAGGCAAAUAUCAGGCGAAAAUCAAAUUUAUAGAUACGGGCGAUAAGCUGAAGGUGGAUCAGGCACAUUUGGAAACUGUCAUUCCAGCGCUGGAUAAGCCCAUAUUGGUAGUAAACGGUGCCUAUCGUGGCUGUGAAGCAAUAUUAAAGAGUUUGGAUGAGCACAACUAUUGUGUUACGAUAGAGAUUUCUCAUGGUCCUCUUAAGGGACGUAUUGUGGAAAAAGUACAAUACGAAGAUAUAUCGAAAAUAUACUAAUUAUGUUUUUGUAAAA